AUGGCACCAAAGAUUUACACUUCACCCUAUCCCUCGCAACCCCUGUAUAAUCAUUCUGUAUUUUCCCACCUCUUCUUUUCUGAUCCCAAAUAUCCUAAUAAAGUUGGGGGUUAUCCUGGAUCGUCUCCAGCAUUCAUCGACGCUCCUACCGGCACAUCCAUAUCACGGAGUCAACUAAAGAACUUCGCACUUUCUCUUGCCUAUGGUAUCAAGAAAACCUUCUCUGCGAAGCGCGGCGACACUAUUUUAGUUUUCUCUCAAAACUCCCUGACAUGGCCGGUUGUAGUUUUUGGAGCAGUUGCUGCGGGACUCAGGUGUACACUGGCUAACAGUGCUUAUAAUGCAAGAGAACUUGCUUUCCAAUACACCGACAGUGGUGCAAAUUUAAUUUUUGCCAGCGAAGAAGGUGUCGCUACUGCACGAGAGACCCUCAAAAGUUUGGGAUUAAGUGCAGACGACGCUAAUAAGAGAAUUGUGGUUAUGGCCACUGGGCUUGGUUGGGCAGGAGGCCCAUCUACACCAAUAACACCCGCCUCGAAGGGUCUUUUAACUGUGUCUGAUUUGUUGGGCUUAGGUUCUAUAAGAGAGGAAGAGAAAUUUGAGGGCAAACUAGCGCACGAGACCGUGUAUCUGUGCUACAGCUCAGGCACUACAGGAAAGCCUAAAGGUGUCGAGACGACCCACAGGAAUAUCUGUUCCGUUUUGGAAUGCGUGAGACCCGUAUUCCCUGAGAUAGGAUCAAAUGAUACCAUGCUUGGAGUUCUGCCAUUUUACCACAUUUACGGUGCCGUAAAACUUCUACACUUUCCUUUCCAAUGCAACACUCCAGUAGCAGUGAUGCCCCGAUUUGACCCUGAGCAAUUCUGCGCUAACGUUGAGCGGUAUAAUGCCACGGUGGCACUUAUCGUACCUCCCGUCCUUGUUGUUUUAGCUCGUCACCCCGCUGUCGACAAGUAUGAUAUGUCUUCGAUGCAAACACUACUAUCUGGAGCCGCUCCUUUGGGUGCUGCUUUGACGAAACAGGUCCAAAGUCGACUAAUAACAAAGCGAAAAGGGAAAGGUCCUGUUUAUAUUCUGCAGGGCUAUGGUUUGACCGAAACAUCUCCAACAACACAUAUUGUCCCCAUAGAAGGUGCUGAGACUAAACUAGGAAGCAUCGGUGUUCUUCUCCCGGGCCUCGAAGCUCGUCUUGUAGUUGACGGUGACGGAAAUGGUGAUAUCGAUGCUGCUGAAGGUCAGGCAGGGGAGAUUUGGAUUCGAGGCCCCACCGUUAUGAAGGGAUACCUAAACAAUCCUGCAGCCACAAAAGAGGCGAUCACGCCUGACGGCUGGUUCAAAACGGGUGAUAUCGCGACUCGCGACGCUGAUGGAUAUUACCGAGUGGUUGACCGAAGAAAAGAAUUGAUCAAAUACAAAGGAUUCCAAGUGCCACCCGCUGAGCUAGAGAGCGUCCUCCUAACUCACCCAGAGAUUGCGGACGUCGCUGUUAUUGGUGUCGACAGUGCUAAAGAGGCCACUGAACUUCCAAGGGCCUAUGUUGUCCAUGCCCGUCCAGAGGAAAUGAAAACAGAGGCGCAAAGGAUUGCCUUUUCUGAAGACGUGAAACAAUGGAUUCAAAGCAAGGUUGCGAGACACAAGUAUCUGCGAGGAGGCGUUGUAGUAAUUGAUAUUAUCCCGAAGAGCGCUGCUGGAAAGAUUCUCCGACGAGAGCUUCGAGAUAAAGCAAAAGAGGAGUUGGCAGGUAGAGAUCCUGCAGAUAAUAAUAUUAAAGCUAAGCUAUAA